UAAUGUUUAACCGCCCUGGAGGGAGGAGGGAACGCCGAGAGCUGAACGGAGCUGGAAUCACACCGAGCCGGAACCAAUGAAGACACGGCUUUAAGAGGAAUUCAGGACGGACCGGACCGGGCUUCAGGCCAGAACCAGAACCACAGUUCAGUUUGGAGAACUAAACAGAAAAUCCAGCAGAGUCUUCAUUUAUUUAAACCAAGGAUCUUAUUGGGAUCCGAGUUUAAAACUGACUGAUAAACUGAUAAAGUUGGGAUUAUUGCGCGGGAACCCGUCUUCGGUUUCAGUGGUUUUGACCCGUUGGUUCCGUCCAGAGGGACUGUGACCGGAGAGCUGAUAAGCUAAUCAAUACCUGGAACAAAUCUCACCUCACCACUCAGCUAUCAUGAGCGAGAGCAACGACACCGAUGGGGGAAUAGACUGGAGCAAACUGGAGCCCACCUAUUCCGUCAAGAUCUCCAUGACCGUCCUCUACACGCUCAUGCUGGCUGCAGGCAUUGUGGGUAAUUCAGUGACCAUCAGGGUGACGCAGGUGCUGAGGCGAAACGGCUACCUGCAGAAGAACGUGACGGACCACAUGGUGAGCCUGGCCAGCUCCGACCUGCUGGUGCUCCUCAUCGGCAUGCCGGUGGAGCUCUACAGCGCCAUCUGGUUCCCCUUCGGAGCCGCGUCCGGCAACACUUCCUGCAAGAUCUACAACUUCCUGUUUGAGGCGUGCAGCUACGCCACCAUCCUCAACGUGGCCACACUCAGUUUCGAGCGCUACGUCGCCAUCUGCCACCCGUUCCGCCACAAGGCGCUGAGCGGCAAACGGACCUCGGUUCUGAUCACCUUUGCCUGGGUUGUGUCGGUUCUCAUUGCCUUGCCGUUGCUGAUCGCCACGGGAACGCAGGGACACAUACCGCAUCGACAGGAACUGAGUUUCUGCACCAGUCUGAAGGAGCACUGGGUGAUGUACAGAGCGAGCAUCUUCGGAGCGUUUGUCCUCUACAUGAUCGUGCUGAUCUGUGUCGCCUUCAUGUGCCGGGCGAUGGUCCUGGUGCUGAAGAGGCCGCUGGGCUCUAUGGACGACGGCAUCAACGGGACCGAACGGCCCGGAAAGCACGAGAACGAAACCAUGAAGGCGGCUCGGAAGCAAACGAUCAUUUUUCUGGGUGAGUUACUGAUUUCAGAUUCAGAUCAUCAACAGUGUCUGUUGAAUCAUUAAGGUUUAUGGUUUCCCAACCAUUUGACUUCAGAAGUGGGAAGUUUACUUUCUGCUGUAAGGAGAAGCGACUAAAGAGAGAAAUGUUAUUAGUGUCAUUUGGGUGUCGGGGUCUCUGAUGGCUCCACCUGCUGCGCAAAGCCAAAAAACCAAAUCCUGACCUCAAAAUGUGACCCUAAGGUCUGAAACCUGCUGGCCUCAUACCUUCAUCUCAUUGGACGGUUACCUCUGGAGAAAUCCAUACUCCAUCGCUCCUGGCUACAUCAGACUCCAACCUGAGCUGUGUCUG